UCUCGAGCAGAUUUCGUUUCCAGAGCACAUUUCGAGCAAGACGGCACUAGCCAAGAACGAAGCGAACAACGUCGACGUUUUGCGACGACUCGGCUCCGGCCACAGCCAUCGCCACCCAGCAGCCCCCAUCGCACUGCCACCACGCCCCCAACGACUCGCCAUGAGGCAUAUAGUGAUGUUGGGCACAAGCCCGCGAACGCAACGCUCAGCUUCUAGUGUUCAGCUUCCGCCCGACUUCAGCUCUGCAGCAUCCACUGUCCCCAUCUAUCACUACAAUACAAGCGAUUUCAUCAUUGAUUUACGUGAAAAUGCACAACAAGAACCGUCGUCAAGUGUCGAACAAUCCGCAAGGUCUAGCCUCAAGGACCUACUUCACACGCGAUGGGAAGAAGCUAAGAGCAAAAACGCUUUUAAUUAUGGACUCAAUUGUAUGUACAAAUUACUCGAUGGACAUUACAAUCUAUCAAUGCAGCUCAAUGUCGAACGAGGUGAACUACGACGGAAGCCUAUGCGUUUCAAGAAUAUCCGAGAACCUUUCAACCAUUUGCGAUGGAAUUUUACGAAAUUGCAUGAAAAUGAGAUAUUGCUCUAUUUACGAUGUGAAGAUCGGCCUAUAACUAAUGAUGCUCUUGAUCGACAUGUAAUUGCGGUUAAUGCGAGUCCACUUGAACGAGAUCAUAGUUUGAUCAUACCGACUAUAAAUAAGUGCUUACCACAGGUUCUUACAUCGACUGCAAUUCGAAUAGCAACUGAUAUGAUGCUGCUGGUGGCUGAUGAUUCUUACAACAUAUUAUUCAACAGUUUAUUGGGACAAGCUUCCGUCAAUCACCUUCAUUUGCAUUACCUUCGUUGGCCCUACGAGAGUGAUCUUAUCUACAGGCGCUUCGAGGUUUUGAAAGAUUCUCCGAAUGUCUAUACUAUUGAACCACCGCAUUGGAUAUGUAGCGCAUUUGCAUUUCAGUUGACGAGUAUGGCCGAAUAUGAUUCGUUUUUGAGAAAUUUUACUCGCUGUGUGGAAUUCCUUACUGCACAGAACCAGGCGCAUAAUGUGUUCAUUACGCGAGCGCAGCCAAUUCGUACCUCAGGACCAGAAAGGCAAGAAGACAGAGAGGGGAAAAGGCCACAGCUGGUGACAGCUUAUGUUUUUCCAAGAGUCAAUGCUUCAGGUGCAAAACCUCCAACAAAUUUCAAUCCAGCUGCAUGCGAACUUGCGGGAUGUUUGACUUCUUAUACAAUCCGCUUUUUCGAAUCAGUUAGCGAGCAAUCCGCAGUGAGAAUAAUCGAAGAGGAAGCUCAGCUACCUAGCGAUGUAUUUCACAAGCUGGCCUUGGACUUCUCCGACAUUCUGAACAACCGCCCUAUCGGGACAUCUCACUGUACACACAACAACCACCUAGAGGACCUGACAUCGCCUGAAAUCGACGAACUACGUGACAGUUUCCAAAUGUUCACACCUCAUUCGCCCAAUGUUGGAAGCAGAACUGGAAGAGGUCGAAGUGCUUCCGAUAAAGGUCUCAAAGAUUACCGUGAAAUGUGAUUGAGGAUUUCUAUAACUUAUGCUGUAUUUGAACCUAUCUCUUCGGUAUAUAAUCGAUCAACUUUCAACAUAUCAUUCUUCUAACAAAUAGGAUACGAUGUUUAUUGUGAUGAACAUUACGGACUACGAAGUUGUUUUCAACGGCUUCCUUUAAUUGAACUUAUUGCUGUGCUCUAUGACUGCUGUCGUUGUGCACUGACUAUAACAAUUGGUGAGAAAUGAAACCAUUAGUAAC